CAAACGCUUCGAAAUCUCUUUAUUAAUCCAUUUUACAUUGAAUUCUUUAAUAUUCUUUAAUAUUCCUCGGACGUUGUAUCUUUUGAACAUCAAUGUUAUACCAAAUUCCUUCCAAUCAUAUAUUUACAGAGAGAUCCGUUCCACUGUUUUUAAGAAUAUAAAACAAAUAUUCGAAUAUUCUCAUUUGUAGAACAGAGGCGAAUUCCGCAGGGAAGUUAGAAGGGGUAGGGAUUCAGCUACAGUCCAUAAAUCACAGAAGACGCGUAGGACAGUUACAUGGUGACCAAGUCGUGAAAUAGAUAGAAUAGCUCAUCCGAUUCGUAACAGGGGAAACUUGUCGUUAAGAGAACUAAUCACGAUACCAAUUACGGUGAUAAUUUGCGAUACCGGAUCACACUUCGCGAUGGCACCGUCUGUUUUAUUGUUCUUACAUCUCAGUACGCUCUAUUUAACUUGGUGUGUUGUAAGCGUCGCGAGUGCGCCGAAACUCACUUUCGCGAAUGUGAACGUGACGACAGAUGACGAGGGGGUCACGGAAACCGAACAGGCCACUUGCAGAAUCGCAACGGAGGAAUUGGUCGCAAGCGCGCGUGCCACCGUCACCAGAGUACUCACUGGAGCUUGCAGCGCAAAGGCCAUCGACGAGAGGCUGCGCGGUCUGGAGAGAAACCUGACGCGAGAACUGGAAGAGAUCAAGACGAUUCUCUAUAAGCUCUUGAACAAACGAGACUCGUUCAGGAGGACAGAGAACAAUGAUCUGAGAAGCUACGAGGAUGAUAAAACUGCUCGGUACCCGAGGCAAGCUGAGAUAGAUGCGUUCAACAACACGGUCCAUCGAGAUCUGAAUGGAUCCUCAAGCUUCUUCUUCUAUUACUGGCGGAUAAAGGACUUCGACAAGAAGCUGGAUAGCUGGACGGUCGCUCGUUCGGAGCGCAGCGCGACCUUUUACGCGGCUCCGAAUGAAUACGGCAUGUACAUGAAAGCCACCCCUCGCUAUUUCCCUGACGGCACUGUCUUCAUGGCCGCCGGACUGACCCGGGGUCCUCACGACUCCCUCCUCGAAUGGCCGUUCUCCUAUAAAAUUCGCCUGGAGGUUUUAGAUCACUCCGAGCAGAGGCUGCGGCAAGACCGAGGCUCCCGGAUCUGGGAUCCCGCGACGCUGUGCUUGGAAUAUUUUUGGGACCGUCCAAAAUUAACCGGAGAACCGGACAACCCGGAGUGCGUCGGGCUGAGCGUGCCGCGGCAGGUUUUCCUCUCCAAGACGCCGUUCCCGGACGGCGCCUCUUCGAGGAACACCCGGUACCUUUGGAACGGCGGCGUCACUGUCAAGCUGACCGUCUACCUUUGAACCACCCGCAGCCACCGCUUCGUCGCAAAUAACCAAACGAUUAGUUUACAAUAACAGCCACAGUAGCGUCACGCUUUUAUUGAGUUUCAGAGGUACAAGCAACGCGUCUCUAAA